UCCCGGAAGUUGUCGUGUUACUUUUCCUCUCCUCCUCCUCUCCUCCUCCUUCAGUCUGCGGCCGAAAAAACAAGAAAAACUACUCUCAACCAACCCGAUCCCGGACGAAUACUUAGUGGACACUUUUUCGGACGAGGGGAUCACGAUUUGGUGAAAGAGAUUCGGAUGUCAUCGUGAGAAAAUAGCGAAGAAAUGCCCGAAAAGCGCAGAGGGAGAAGUGGACACAGGCUGGACUCAAAUGCAGUUUUCAGUUUGAGGAGCGGCCAUCUUUAAUCCAAAAUGAUCCCUGUCUUCUACACGUCUCCUCCUCCUCCUGUCGCUGCUCCUCUUUGUCUGCUAAUAUCCAAAUAACCUAGAUCUUUCCUGGACACCUGCCUGACCUGUUCAUAUCAUGCUUCUAUGACACACGGCCCCUCCCAUAUCCCGCUCCUUUUUUCCUCAAGCAACAUAUCGUUUUCCAUCCAAACAUCCUCCAUCCUUUAUUUUCAGUUUUGGUGUCACGUAUCAGACAACACCCAGGAAUUCCUUAGUAAAUUAUAUACGUAGAUUUAUACAUUAGAAUUUUCAUAAAAUUAUCUUAGCACAGGAAAUGGACUACAGUAUAUGAUAAUUACACAUUUUGGCAAAGCAUUAGUCAAGGACUCAACCAGGACUCUAAAGGUUCUAAAGAGUUUUUUAAGCACACAAUUGAAGCACUCUCACACGAUAGUUAAUACGUGGUUAUUAAUAUCGACUUUCUGCAAAAAUGGGUCCUGUUUAGUCAGUUAAAGUCAUUUUUUAGUGCAAACCCCCAACACUAAAUGCCUAUAAUCUUAACGUCGCCAUUGGAGAACCUGCCUGUGCCCCGCCCGCCCCUCCCCUCCCUGUGCCAUGAUCCGAAAGCGCUCCAUGAUCCUGUUUGGGACGUUCCUCUUCGUCUCCUGGAACGCCGUGCUGGUGCUGCUGCUCUGGAAUCGGGACCCGGUGCCGCAGAUUGAGAACGUGCAGCCGAACGAGGACGUACCCGCCAACGAUGUCAUCCAAGACGUACUCAAGAUGGCCGACGCUUUCGAGGCCGAGCUGGAGAGACAGAAGGACAUCCUCCUCCAAAUCAAAGACCAAAAACUGCAUCAGUUGUUCCCGCGGAGAUCGUCUAACCACACCCGCCUGGCUCCUCCCACUGCUGCUGCGGUGAUCCCUGUCCUGGUGAUGGCGUGUAACCGCGUCACCGUGCGCCGCUGUCUGGACAAGCUGCUGCAGUACCGGCCCUCGGAGACGCUCUACCCCAUCAUCGUCUCACAGGACUGCGGCCACCAGGACACUGCAGCUGUGAUCCAGAGCUAUGGGGAUAAAGUGACCCACCUGAAGCAGCCCGACCUCGGGGACCUGCCUGUGCGACCGGAGCAUAAGAAGUUCCAGGGAUAUUACAAGAUCUCCAGACACUACCGCUGGGCCCUCAACCAAGUGUUCAGGACCCUGGGGCACACGGCUGUGGUCAUAGUGGAGGACGAUCUGGAGGUGGCUCCAGACUUCUUCGAGUACUUCCGUGCACUCCACCCGUUGCUCCGGUCUGACCCCAGCCUGUGGUGCGUCUCUGCCUGGAACGAUAACGGGCGCGAGGGUUUCGUGGACCCGGGGAAGUCCAGCCUGCUCUACCGCACAGACUUCUUCCCCGGUCUGGGCUGGAUGUUGGUGAAGGAGCUGUGGGACGAGCUCGAGCCGAAAUGGCCGACGGCGUUUUGGGACGACUGGAUGCGCCAACCGGAACAACGCAAAGACCGCGCCUGCAUCCGCCCCGAAAUCUCACGGACCAUAACAUUCGGACGUCAGGGAGUUAGCCUGGGACAGUUUUUUGACAAAUACUUAAAAUUCAUCAAACUCAACUCUGAAUUUGUGCCUUUUACGAAGCUAGACCUGAGUUACUUGAAAGAGGAGACGUAUCGAGUAAAUUUUGAGAAGGAGGUGUACAGCGCUCCUCUUGUUUCUUAUGAGGACGUGAAGCAGGGCAAACUAAACGGACCUGGCCCGUUUAGGCUGCAGUACUCAAGCAAAGACAGUUUCAAAAUCAUGGCCAAAAACCUGGGAGUCAUGGAGGACCUUAAGUCUGGUGUGCCCAGAGCCGGGUACAGGGGCGUGGUCAGCUUCAUUUCCAGAGGCCAGAGAAUUUAUUUAGCACCACCUCCUGGAUGGACUCAGUACGACCCCACGUGGAGCUGAGCAGUCCAUUUACAGCCUUAGUAAAGGUCCUCUAUUAGACUAAAAUGACUCUUUUGAGCUUUAAGCCAUGUUAGAAUGUGGUUUCCUCCUCAAAAGCAGACCUGGAGUUGUUUUGUUUCAUUCAUGUUUGAGUAAUCCUUUUGUAACAAGUCUGUGUACAUCUCCAAAGCUUAAAAUGAGCUGUUCCACCUUGUGAUGUCAUGUAGUGGUAGUUUUGAAGCUCCUUUUAUUUUUAGUUCACUAACAAUUCUAACUUAUACAAAUGAUUCUAGUGAAGGUGCACAGAGUUUAAAAGCACAGCGGAGCACUUUCUGUAAGACAUCACAAGUGCGGAACAUUUGACAGAAGAACUCGGCCUAAAUCUGCAGAGGUUGUGUGUGUGGUAAAUGUGCGAAUGAAACAAAACAAAACACAACUCCAGGUGUGUUUGUGAUGAGGAAACAAUAUUCUAACAAAGAUCAGAAAAUGGAGUAAAAUGGGCCCUUUAUGUGAAAGAGGCGGAGCAGACCAAAGAAGGACUCGAGACGCGAGAAACAGUAAAGUGUUUCUUUGCAACAGCGAAGUCAGGACAUUAUUGUUAUGGAUCGAUAGCUUCUUUUUAAGAUGUACUUUAUUGCGGGGUUGUUCCGAUACCAACGCGGGCAUCGGCUUAAGCUUUGAUACUGCAGUUUUGAGUUAAUCAUAUUGGGGAAAAAUAUUGAUGUUUUUUUUUUUCAGAGACACGUUGCAACUGGAUUUGCGCUGUACUGUUUAAUACUAUGAUUCUGCGCAAAGUUCACAUUUUAAACACAUCCAGGAGAAUUGACAAAAAGAUCUAAACUACAGGGUUAGCAAUUUUAAACGAGACAUCUCUCUAAAACAAGAGAUUUUAUUUUUUGUGGAGGAAAUGAUGCUACCGUAUUUUCCGCACUAUUAGGCGCUCUGGAUUAUAAGUCAUUAAAUGGUCUAUUUUUGAACUUUUUUCACAAAUAAACCGCAUGGGACUUUAAAGGAAACCCAGCAGUUGGAUGGGUGAGUGGGACUUUGUUUGUGGCGUUCACGGUGACUCUGGGCUUUGUUCAGUUGUGGCGUGUAGGGAGGGUGCUGUCUGGGAACGCUUAAUUGUCGGCGUGUUCAGUUGUGUCUAGAAGUGGCACAUUGGACUCGCUUUUUCGGUUUGUUCCUCGUCGGCGUGGAGUGAUGAGUGUGUCUGUGGGUGUUUUUCGAUGCACGGUCGCUGUCUGCUCCGUGUGUGUUGCGUGCGCUGUGGGUGGUGCGGCUUUGUAGUUUACUGAAGUCGUGCUGGGACACCCGAGUGGAUUUGUGUACAGGGCGCUCUGGAUUGUGGCGCGUGGUCGGUUUUUGAUGGUGUUGGAGGCUUAAGAGCGUGUCUAAUAGCCCGGAAAAUACGGUACUUCAAAAUGCAAAAUCCAAAAUAAACCUGGCAUCGGAACAACCCUACUUUUUUUUUUUUUAUUAUUUGUCCUCUUCAUUUGACCAAUCCUCCAACGUCUCUUGGGUCAAAUGCAGGGACAGCCGUGUGUUGCAUCUCCAGAAGUUGGUCUAGUCUCGGUCAGGACUACCCUACUGGAUGAUAAGAAUAUUGUGCGUGUUUUCAUUCGAUGGAAACACCUUGAAAACUUUGAAAAAUCCACCCAGACACGGGGAGAACGCGCUAACUCAGUCCUGGGAUCCGAACCCGGGACCUUCUUGCUACGAGGCAGGAACGCUAACCACUCAACCGCCGUGCUGAUCCAUAUUCUUAACAAUGUAUUUUUUUAAUGUAGUAAUUCCUCUGACGUUAAACCACGAAAACGCAGUGCCAACGUGAGAUCAGACGUGAUUUCAGUUCAUUCAUCGAAGAGUGAAAAAGUCCAAACGUGUAGUGGACUUUUGCGUCUCGGGAGAACAGAAUGUCCAUUUUAGUUACUUGUUAAAUGCAGAAGAUCACUUUAUAAUUAGUUUUUCAGAAUCCAUUUUGUGCCUUUUAUUAACAUUGAGUCCACGUCACAUGAGUGCAAGACCGACCAAAACUAGGACGCCACUUUGUCGACUUUUAAGCCUGAAAGGAAAAACAGACUGUUAGACAUGACCAGUCAAAAGUUUGGACACGCCCUCUUAAUGUUUCUUUUCUUUGUUUGCUAUUAGGGAUGGGAAAGGACACAAUUUCCACAAGAUGAGACGAGACGAGGGAGGUCUGUGUAACAUUCGUUCUUUUGAAUUUCAAUGAAGAAUGAAAAUCAGUAAAAUGGGAAAGCGGUUUUAUUUUAUGUUUCCGUCUUAGUGUUUAAAAAAAAAAAGGUAUAUUUCAAAUGACACCAAUCAAAAAGCUCUCGGUGUUCAUUUUAAUGUUGACAUUUUAUUCUCUCUGGUUUAUUUGCCCUGGAAGUUCUGCCACGUGUGAAUUCAGUGUGUCAACUGAACGAAGGAGAGAUUAUCCCUCCUACUUGUUUCUUGUCAUGGAGUUCAACAAUAACUUCCUAAGACGCAAAAGUAAACACGUCGCUAUUAAAGAAGAGGACGUGUUUGUCUUCAAAAUUGCAACGAUUUUUUAGGUAAGUCCUUCUAGCAGCAGAACUUCCGAGGCAAAUAAACCAGAGAGAAUAAAGUAAAUCAAAAUUGAAAUAGGCUCAAUUACUGUUUUUUGAUUGGUGUUAUUUGAAAUACAUUUUAAAUUAAAUAUUGGAAAUAGUUUUUUUUUACACUAAAACAGAAUAAUGAAAUAACAAACUGUUUUCCCAUUUUAUUGUUUUUCAUUCUUAAUUGAAAUUCAAAAGAACAAAUGGUACACAGACCAAGAUAUGAGAUUUUAACAUAAUUCUUAAUAUAUAAAUUUCACAAUUCACUUUCCAGUUUUGGCCUCACAAUUUUUAUUUUUUCGAUUUCAUAUUUUUGUUACCAUUCUAGUCCAUGUUUUGGAACCGUAAAAGGUGUAGCUCUCCAAUACUUAACCCGUUUUUGUCCAAUCCAGACAUAAACAUUUGGAAAAAAAUCUCAGAUCAUUUUUCUCACGCUUGCACGAUCUUGUGGUACUUUUGUCUCGCGGGAUCUUGUGGCACAAGAUCUUGUCCCAUCCCUAUUUACUACGUUACAUUUUAGAUACUGAAGACAUCAAAUAUAUGAAGCACAAGAUAAAUAGAACUGUGUUUUAAAGAAAGAGUGAAUUAACUAAAUCAAAUAUUUUUUAUGCUUUACUUUCAAAUCCUCACGGUGUCCACCCUUUGCUUUGUUGACAGCACUGCCAAUCCUUCGCCUUUUUAUUUUCAGUUUAUUUUAGUAUUGUCUUGGUUUAAUACACUCCAUUCAUACUUUUGAUGCUUCAGUAAGAAUCUACAAUGUAAGUAACUAUGAAAAUGAAAACGGAACAUUAACGAAUCAGUGUGUCCAAAUGUUUCGACUGGUAAUGUACGUAUACGCUCAUUUACAAAACUUUUGACAGUUUAAAAGAUUAAAACUGCAAAUGAGUUUACAUCACCAAAAUCCCUUAGAUCUGCCAUGACAAAUUGAAACAUCAGGUUAAAACAAACAAAAAAACAUUGUAAUUUUAAUGAAAAGCUCAAAGUUAAUGAAGCUCAGUGCCAAAUAGUGAAAGUUAGAAUAAUUAAAGUGUAUUAAUGAUUUCAAAAGCCUGAUAUAAUGCUGGGACAUUACCAGAUACACAAGAAUUUAAGUGCCUUGCAGGAUGACACCAUACAGCUUACUACCAUUUAACUUGGUUUUGAUAUUUUCUUAUUAAAAACGCUAUAUUAGUGGUUUAAAGGGUGGAUCACGGUAGUAAUAAUAAUAAAGUAAUUACUUAGAUGUAAUUAGUUGUUGUAAUUUUAAAACUGGAAAUUUAAUAAUCAAAGCCUGAAUGAAGAAUAAUAUUGUUUAAAUGUGUCAAUGCUGGAAAUGUAGUGUGUUCAAAUGGUUCUCAGGUCUUUUUUCAUGUUCCAAAUAGAAAACUAUCUAUGUCGAACUAAGGGUGCGUUUACAAUGGCAACACAAUGUAUACAAUUUGGACUAAACUGUGACUAAACCUGGACUUUAAAGGAGCUGUACCUGAUUUUUAUGGUUUAAAAUAAAGCGUGAAAAAGCAGAAGAAGCAGAAUUAGUUUUGCAGUGUUAUUCCAAAGUUAUUCCUCACUUACCUCAUGCAUUCAGAGCACAUUUAUUAGUCACCAUGAUGAGUUUAUAAGAGAGCGAGACCGGAAUGGAGAUUGUUUUUUUUGUUGUCAUGGUAAAGCUAGCAACAACAAGCAGUAUCUGACAAUAAACGGUUUAUAUUUAGAUGCUGACAGUACACAGAGGAACACACUUCAAUCCACGGGGAAAAGUCGGGUACAGGGCCUUUCAUUCUGGUCUAGACUAGGACUAAACCAGGUCAACACCACGACUAAACCACGAUCGAACCAGGACUAGUGUGAACCACCCUUCGUCUGUAUGGCCUGAACAGUUUGUGAGAGAAAACUGCUGUACAUUCAGAUUUCUAUUUUUAUACAAAGUGUAAAAGUGCACAUGGCAUCAUCGACAUGUUCAACGCAAUGAGCUGACUAUAAGCCACUUUUCUGCGCACGCCUGUGGUCUUGUAUGUGUGUGUGUAUGUUUGCGUGUGUGUGUGUGUGUGGUAAGAGCUGGAGGAGGUGACUGGGGAGAGGGAGGUCGAUACAUCCCUCCCAUAGACUGCCUAUGUAAAUGUAACUCUCUCUGUAACUGCUGCUGUGAACCUCAUCAUUUUGGUCUUAAAAUGUUCGUAUUAACCCACUCUACGUGAUCCUGGGGUUUUUAUUUUGCUAUUUAUCUGUAAAAAAAAUUGCCCCAUAUUCUCCCCUAUAACAGCAGGCCUCAAUGAGCUUCAUUUGACUGGAGCUGGACGCUAUGGAUGACGUCACACUCCCUUAGUCCAAUUCUGUAUACAGUCUAUGGUCCCUCCUCACACUGCUGGAUUAAAGUGCAUAUGACAGGUUAGAGUCAGACUAUGUAUUCCAUAAAGGAUAUGCAAAUAUAAACUCAAAAUUUUGCUUCGAUAACAGUUUUGAUGAAGUUUAAAUUGUAUCUAAUUGUAGUUAUAAUUAGACCAAUACAAAUAAAUGACAACACCAUAUUUUUUUAAGUAAAGGUGCAUAAAUUGUCCCUGCGUUUUGGAUAGAAUUGAUGUAUAAAUAUGAUUCGUUUUUACCACAGGUACUGUCCGACCAAACUAAUAUUUCGAAAAACAUGAAAAUCUGUCGUAUGCACUUUAAAGGUCCUAUAUUAUGCAUUUAUGUUAGUUUUAAUGUUUUCUGAUCUCAAACAUACCUGGAGUGGUGUUUUGUUUCUUUUUUUUUUUUUUUUUUUUUGGUUCACCCCACCUCAUGACAUCAUCAGGUAGUACUCCAGAAGUGCUCCUCCACAUUCAUGUACUUUCAGCAGACUCAUGCUGACUUUAAAUGACCUUUACCACACAGUUCAUAAACUUUGACGAUACAAAAUCCUGCACCCUAAAUACGUAUUUCCUUCACACAAUCAUUCAUUAUUCUCUUAUAUUUUCAUUAUUUUAAGUUACAACAUGAAACAACUUGGUGUGAGUUCUCCAACUGCCUGAAUAAUGCAUAAUAUAGAGCCUUUUAAUAAUGGUACUGCUUCUUUCAAGUACAUGUUGGGCAAUUCAUAUUGUUUUCAAGUGUGGAAUCCAUCAUUUUGAAUCUUAUCAUUUUUUGCUGAUUCAUUUAUUCAUUUACAAAAGACCUGACAGUGCUUGAAAGAGGGUCAUUGCUAGAGGAGGUGUCUGGGGAGUGGGAAGUCUUUGUGAACUGGAUGGAUGUUUGAUGACCACAGAAGAAGUCCACUCUUGAUUCUUGUUUUGCUUUCUGUAAAUCGAAGCUUCCAGGUUUAAUUUGAAAUCGUGUGUAAAAAGUAUUGCACAUUACAACAUUUGUGUUCCUAUAUUUUUGAAAUAAACACACAAUGUUAUCCUUA